UGUUGUUUUUUUUCAAUAUUGUUGCCAAAGUUUUGAUUGGUAUUCUUCUGGCGGUCAUCAAAACUACUGGAAAAUUAGUAACUUAUUUGUAUUUGUAUCAAUUGUUUAUUUUUCUUUCUAGAUAUUCUUAAAAUAUAUCUUAUUUUAAUUUUAUUCUAUUGUAAUUUCAGAUAAAUAAUACAACACUUUCGUAUCGCAGUUUUCAAGAGGAAGUAAACAAAAGGAUGAUAUUUCGUUUGUAGGAUUUCAAUUAGAAUAUUAGAAAAUUGAUUGUUUAGGUAUUUAGCAUAGUUUAGAGGGAUGUAGUAAGCUACUCGGAGCAAUAAACUUCAAUCUAAGCAAUUUUCUUUAUUGAGUUUAGGUUUUUCUAGUUCAGUAUAUACAUUAUCGAAUUUUGAAAGUGAAUUGUACUGAUUCCCUAAAUUAUGCAUUUUUUAUAAUUUAAUUAAAAUGUGGUUUAAUUUUGUAUAUAUGUAUGAGAUAAAGGCCAAAAUAUAACUUUCAGAUUUUAAUAUUAUAUCGGAAAAUUGCUGAAAAUAAUUGGGUUGGAUGGGGCACCGGAGUUAUUAUUGAAUUUAUGUAUCAAAAAAUGGCUUUUGGGGUUGUGUAUGUCAAAAAGUGUUUUAAAAAAUGUUUGCCACGGUAAAAAGUUGUAUUUUCAAAAUGUUUGCAACUUUUACAUUUAACGUUUUCAUGUAAAACGUAAAUCCGUAAUGUUUUAUGGCAAAUAAUUGGUUUUUAGCUGUAAAAAAUCGAUUUUGGGCUGUAAACUCGAGUUAUAAGCAUUUUCAUGAUUUGAUUUUAAGGGGAAAAAGUUGUAUUUUUCAAAGAUCUAUAACUUUUCCAUUUAACUUUUUUUUGUAGAAUGCUUAGAAUUCGACUUAGAGCUAAAAAGCCGUUUUUAGUGUUUUUUGGAGGAGACCGCAUUCACAGGAAAAUUUUUAUUAAAAAACCGCUUAAAAAUCGAACAAAUUUUGCCCGCAUUUCAAAACGACGUAGAGGAUCGGGAUAAAAAAAUAUAGUUUUUUAGCUUUUGCAAAAGGAGACUUCUCCUAAAAUUUCAGCCCGAUCGGUCGAAAAUUGCGUGAGAUAUCGCAUCUCACACAUUUUUCGCACACGAAACUAUAAGGCACUUCCGUGUCGCGGUCCUGCCUAAAAAAAUUACAAUCAAUCAGCCUGCAUUAACGAAGUAUGGCAAGUUAAUAAAUAUUGCAAAAAGAGUUGAGUGGGACUCAUCGUUACAAAUAAACGAUCCUAAUCAAGCUCCUUUAUAAACGAAUUAAUAAGUAUGAUCUAAAGCUGUGUUGAAAAAGCAACUGAUAACAAAUAUUCAAAUAAAAACAAAAAAGAUUCAGUUCCAAAGAAAAAAUGGAUUACCAAAGCAAUAUUAAUAUCCUGUAAAACUGCAGAGAUCUUAUAUAACAUAUGGAAAAAGAAUCCAAGAAAUAUUAAAAUUUAAACUGAAAAUGGACUUUAAAAAGUAUGAAAAUAUUUUGAGUAAGGCAAUUAAAGAUGCUAAGUAUAAAUACGUAAAUAAUGCUAUUAGAAAAUGCAGUGGCAAUUCAAGACAGCUUUGGAGCAUAAUAAAUGAUAAGUUAGGAAAAAAAAGAAACAAGGAGGAUCACUUGAUAGUAUAAGCCAUCAAUGUCAUAGUUAAUGAUCAGAAAAUUGAGGAUAAGACUACUAUUGCGAACACUAUGAAUGAAUAUUACUAUAAUGUAGGAAUAAAUUUAAGCAAUCGAAUUAAAAAAAAAAUGGACUUAGAGCAAUUGAAGCUGCCAGUUAGAAACAACUACUCAAUUUUUAUUAGUCCAACUAAUACGUAUGAAAUUCAAAAUAUAAUUAUUGCAAUGAAAAAGAAGGCUGGUGGCAAACGCUAAUUAUUGUGGGAUGUACGGAGGUGAAGUGUGAAAGAAAGGCUUAAACUCUUACAAUUAGUAAAAACAGUAUAUUUGAAGUAUUGGCUACAUCGUCUGCGUUCUGCGCUGGCAGGAUUAGAACUAACCCUCCUAGGGGCUGCCGGCCGUACCUGCCCCCUCCGCUUUUUCCGCCGUCCCUCCUAUCAUAAACUCAUAAAACCCUUCUCGCUCGAUUCACUCAUAAAACCUUUCCUCGGGCUUUCUCCGGUUUAUGACAUAAUCCGCUCUUCCUCUUAAACCUCACGUUCCGUCCCUCGCAUCCUUCCUCUCUCAUACACAUGCGCGCACAUACACAUACACGCUCUCUAUAUCACUCCGACAUUAUUAUCACUUAACUUAUGUUUUCACCGUAUACAUAUAUAUUUUUGCAAGUAUGCUUUGAAGCGGAAUCAUAUGAAUUCAGAUUUGAAAAAUACUCGAGUGCAGUCAUAAGCUAAUGUACACACUAGAGUACCUAUACCUAUUGGAUACUGGCGUGUAUUUUCGCACGCGACGAAGCUUUCGUAUGUUACCACUGCUCUCGAGAACGAUCCAGGAAAAUCGAUAUUGAUAAAAAAGGAAGAGCGUAGAAGGCUCGAAUUCGCGGGCGUCAGUCGCAUCAACGAAAACAGAUGCUUGUGUAUAAGUACGUAAUCAGCUCUGUUGGAGCAUUUUUCACGGAUAUGAUAAGCGCCCUCGCAGGCUCGGCAGUCUGCGGCCGCUCUGCAGCAGCGCGCGAAGGUUCUGGAAGGCCUGAUGGCAUCGCAGCAGCCCAAGCCCCAAUAGUCGUCGGACAUUUGUAAUUUGUAUGAGCGCCUGCCACCGGCGCGAGCUUCAUUGGUCCACGUACGCCGCGUGGGUCGCUGCGAUUGGCUCGCUCUCUCUCUCUCUCUCUCUCUCUCUCUCUCUCUCUCUCUCUCUCUCUCUCUGCGCUGUGUGCAGCCGUGUCGGUGUCGCUGCAGGCUAUAUUCGACCGCAGAUAGAUAUACCUACUAGGCUACUACCAUACAGCCGAGCAGCCCAUACUCUCCGGAACAUCCGCGCUUCUCUCACAGUUAUAGGCUCAUAGCCGAGCUGUUGUCUCCUGCCGAGUGAGCUUGCGCCCGCAAGCCGUCUGCGUUCACCGCUGCGUACUUUCCGUUGCCGAGCCGCAUCUAGCUUCUCCGAGGCUGCCAUCGACAUGAACAAGCUCGCCUUCGCCGUCGCGGCGCUUUUCCUCCUCGCGGGGUUUGCCGCUGCGGAGGACGACUUCAUCGACGAGAGCAUCGGCACCGUCGAGACUGAUUUCGGCGCCAGCCGAGAAGCCCUCAGGACAGACGACCAAGUUGUGCAGAGAGAGGAGGAAGCCAUCAAAAUUGAUGGCCUCAAUGUCGCCCAGAUUAAGGAACUGAGGGACAAGGCUGAGAAGUUCAACUUCCAGACCGAAGUCAAUCGCAUGAUGAAGCUCAUCAUUAAUUCUCUGUACCGCAACAAGGAGAUCUUCCUCCGAGAGUUGAUCUCGAACGCGUCUGACGCUAUUGACAAGAUUCGCUUGCUCUCCCUCACGGACAAAAACGUGCUGGAAACCAAUGAGGAGCUCUCCAUAAGGAUAAAGGCGGACAAGGCCAAUAAAAUACUCAGCAUCACCGAUACCGGCAUCGGUAUGACCAAGCAGGAUCUCGUCAACAAUUUGGGCACCAUCGCCAAGUCCGGCACUGCCGAAUUUCUGGGCAAAAUGCAGGACGCGUCCAAUGCUCAAGAAAUGAACGACAUGAUAGGGCAGUUUGGUGUUGGAUUCUACUCUGCCUUCCUCGUCGCCAAUAGGGUAGUCGUCACCACCAAGCACAACGACGACAAGCAGUACAUCUGGGAAUCUGACAGCGCCAGCUUCAGCAUUGUCGAGGAUCCUCGAGGUGACACUCUCAAGAGGGGAACGACCAUCAGCUUGCACAUGAAAGAUGAGGCUUCCGACUUCUUGGAACAAGACACCAUCAAGAAUCUCAUCAAGAAAUAUUCACAGUUCAUCAACUUCCCCAUCUACUUGUGGAACAGCAAAACCGUCCAAGUUGAAGAGGAGGAAGCGGAAAAGGCUGAUGUUGAGGGAGACAACGAGAAAACCGAAGAAGAAAAAGAAGAAGAAGAAGAAGAUGCCAAGGUAGAGGAAGCUGGCGAGGAGAAAGAGAAGAAGAAAGUUAGCAAGACCAUCUGGGAUUGGGAAUUGCUGAACGACUCCAAACCAAUCUGGACUCUGAAACCAUCUGACAUCACUGAUGACGAGUACAAUGAAUUCUACAAGGCACUGACCAAGGAUGCUCAAGAACCAUUGGCCAAGGUUCACUUCAUUGCUGAAGGAGAAGUCACCUUCAAGUCAUUGCUGUUUGUUCCCAGAGUUCAGCCAGGUGACAGUUUCAACCGCUAUGGAACAAAGGAUGAUAACAUCAAGUUAUACGUCAGGAGAGUCUUCAUUUCUGACAAAUUCAACGAUUUGAUGCCAAACUAUUUGGCUUUCAUUCAGGGUAUCGUUGACAGUGAUGAUCUUCCACUUAAUGUUUCUCGUGAAAAUCUGCAGCAGCACAAGCUCAUUAAAAUCAUUAAGAAGAAACUGGUUCGUAAGGUCCUGGAUAUGAUCAAGAAAAUUCCCAAAGAAGACUACCUUGACUUCUGGAAGGAAUACAGCACAAACAUCAAAUUAGGUGUUAUCGAAGAUGCUCAGAAUCGCGCUAGGCUUUCAAAAUUGCUCAUGUUCCGUACUUCUGCUCAAAAUGAGCCUACCAACCUGGCUGACUACGUUUCCCGCAUGAAGCCAAACCAACAGCACAUCUACUACAUAGCUGGGGCUUCCAUUGAUGAAGUUAAAAAGUCUCCAUUUGUUGAACGUCUCCUGAAGAAGGGAUACGAAGUCUUGUACUUGGUUGAAGCUGUUGACGAAUAUGCACUUUCGUCUAUCCCAGAAUUCGAUAGCAAGAAGUUCCAAAAUGUUGCCAAGGAAGGCUUCUCGCUCGACGAGGGAACCAAAGCUGCGGAGAGAAAGCAAAAGCUGGAAAGCACUUUUGAGCCCCUUAUCAAGUACCUGAAUGACAAGCUCAAGGACCACAUUAGCAAAGCUCAAGUAUCAGAGCGUUUAACUGACUCCCCUUGUGCUCUUGUGGCCAGCAUGUUUGGAUGGACUGGAAACAUGGAAAGGCUCGCAAUCUCUAAUGCUCACCAAAAGAGCGAUGAUCCUCAGAAGACUUACUAUUUGAACCAAAAGAAAACUCUGGAAAUCAAUCCACGUCAUCCUCUGAUUAGAGAACUACUGCGAAGGGUUGAGCAAGAUGCAGAAGACAAAAUAACUCAGGAUAUGGCUCAAAUGAUGUUCCAAACAGCAACUCUAAGAUCAGGCUACAUGCUGAAAGAAACUGCAAGCUUUGCUGAAAAUGUUGAACAGCUUAUGCGAAAAACGUUGGGGAUUCCAUUAGAUGAGGUUCCAGAAGAAGAAGAAGAUUUACCAGAAGAUGUUAAUGAGACUGAAAAAGAAUCUGAAAUUAAUGCCGAUGAUGACAGAGAGCAGAGUGAAGAACACGACGAACUUUAAAGCGAAGAAGACGUGUAAAAUUGACUAAAAACUUUUCUUUGCUAUGUUCUACAUAGCAAAAAUCACAAACUUGAAUUUUGGCAGCGUUUAAAGUUGCAUAUUCUUCUUAUUAAUACAUCAGAGAUGAUUUUGCAUUCUUGCGCUUUUGUUACAGUAUGUUUUUUAUAAAAUCACAGUUGAGUUUUAUGCGAAAUGUGUGAUAAAUGAAAACGGCAAUUCAUAUACUUGUAUUACUAUAAUGAAUUGAACAUUAUCUUGUGACUUAAACGCGACUGUGCCCUGUAUGUUUGCACAUACAAUGCUUGAAUCAACCUCCAAUAAGUUGGAGCUUAGAGAUUGUGUGCAGAAACUGGUUGAUCGUAUGAUCAAUUUAUUUAUUAUUUGAUUUGUUCUUCCAUCACAAGUCUAAUGUUAGUGUGAGAUGACAGCAUGUUAAUAGUGAGAUAUAUUUGCAAAGUGAGAAUGUAUUUGUAUAAAAAAAAAUAUAUAUAAAAGAUGUUCAAACCAUAAACUUACAUUUUUGUUGACAAUUUUCAUUAAAAAAUUAUAAGUAGUAUA